AUGGGUGUACAAACUCAAGAAUAUGCUACCACUGCUUCUGUGCCCCCUACUAGGCUCUUCAAAGCCAUGUCAAUAGAUUUUCAUAACCUCUUCCCAAAGAUUGUGGAAAUCAUCAAGAGUGUUGAGCUCAUUGAAGGAACUGGUGCUGCUGGAACCAUCAAGAAGCUCACCAUAGUUGAAGGUGGAGAAACAAAGUAUGUGCUACAUAGAGUGGAUGAAAUAGAUGAGGUUAAAUUUGUGUACAACUUUAGCAUUAUUGGUGGCACUGGAUUGGCUGACACAUUGGAGAAGGUUUCAUUCAAGAGCCAAUUGGUGGAAGGUCCAAAUGGAGGUUCCAUUAGGAAUGUGCAUGUUGAUUAUUUUACCAAAGGUGAUUAUAAUCUCAGUGAGGAGGAGCUGAAAGCUAGUCAAGCUAAGGUUGAAGGACUUGUUAAGCUAGUUGAUGGUUACCUUUUGGUAAAUCCUGAUUAUUGAAUGUCUUUAAUUUGGAUUAAUAAUAGCCUGAUAAAUGUUUGUUGUAAGAUGAAGCCUAAGUUUGAGUA